AUGGCACCGUUCCAGACUAGUGUAAAUAUUAACCCUGAAAUAGGCAGAGACGGCCAAGAAGUUAUUGAAGUCCAAAUUUUACCACAAGAUGAAAACUGGGGAGAAAACACAACAGCCGUGACCGGCAACACCUCAGAAGGAUCUCAAUCUAUGGAGGAUGUUGGGAACUGGCCUGUAGAAUCAGACAACGGUAUAGGGUUCGUCUGCACAAGGUAUUUUGGAACUACCAUAGCUCUCGGGUUGUCAUUUGUUUCAUUUGUCAGCCCCCUAGCCAUGGUAGUGUUACCGAAGAUUGGCUUUUUCCCGGGAUUAACUGAUAAUAUUGCUCUACAACCUAGCCAGCGGAUACAGCUGCUUGCAUGCACCGCAGAAUGUAAAGGAAUUCUACUUUCUUUGGCAUUUAAAUUAGUUUUACUCGCAAUUGGAGUUUGGGCCGUAUUUCUGAGGCCAAGGAACGCCAUAUUGCCUAGAAUAUUUGUCUUCAGAGCAAUGACACUUGUCAUUCUAGCUGUUUGUAUAUUUUCGUAUUGGCUGUUUUACAUUGUACAGAUCACAGAAGCAACUAAAGCACUUGCUGUUGGUGAGGAAGCAAUAGAUUAUAACGCUCUAGUAUCUUACGUAUCUAGUUUUGCAGAUACAUUAUUAUUUAUACAUUACAUAGCUGUUAUAUUAAUGGAAAUAAGGCAUUUAGAGCCUGUGUACUACGUGAAGAUUGUGAGAAGCCCAGACGGUGAAAGCAGGUCUUAUGCCAUCGGACAAUUAAGUAUACAAAGGGCGGCAGUCUGGGUUCUGCAGAAGUACUACACAGAAUUUCCCAUAUACAACCCAUAUUUGGAGAAGAUACCCAUAUCUAAAUCUCAGAGGAAAGCUCAGUCCAGUAUAAAGUUUUAUGAAGUUGAUGGGUCUGCGAAUGCUACACCAGGGCAAGCUAGGUCGGCGACUGGGUCGGUGGGCGGCGGCAGCGGUCGGCGGCGCGACUCGGGGUCGGCGCACAACGAGCGCUACUACGAGGAGGCGGAGCGCGAGCGCCGCGUGCGCAAGCGCCGCGCGCGCCUGCUCUGCGCCGCGGAGGACGCCUUCGCGCACGUGCGCAGGGUCCGCGUCUCCGCCGCCAACGUUUCUAGACUUGAUUAUUAUUUAGAAAUUUAUGAAAAAAAAAAGAAUAAUGAUCACCUCCCUCCCGUCCCACCCCCAGCAGGAGCGCUAGGUCCCCGCGAGGCGGCGCAGGCCGUGUUCCCGUCGCUGGCCCGCGCUCUGCAGAAGUACCUGCGCGCCACCAGGCAGCAACCGAGACAUUCUGCUGAUUCGGUCCUCGCCCACUUGGCGCGCUGCCUGUCCCAGGACGCGUCACCGCGAGCUUUCCUGGAGCCCUUCCUUGUCGAGGGGCCCGUUCUAGCCGCCGACCAGGAGACCAGACCUAUCCAGAGAUGGUCCUUAAUCUCGGACGAACUCCUCGCCAGACCACUGACUGACAACAUCGAGUUCCAACUAAGGCAGGGUGACAUAUCUCUCGUAUGUACGAUAAAACAGCUGCCGAAAUUUAGUUUGACAGAAGAGGUUGUCGACCCCAAGAGUAACAGGUUCGUUUUGAGAUUAAAUUCUGAAACGUCAGUCUGA